CUUAUAUACGUAAAUUUGAGAAGAAAUUUGCAGUAACAAUUGAAAGAAAAAAGAAAAUGUCGGAAGUCAGAAAACAAAGAUGGUCUCUUGAGGGCAUGACCGCCCUUGUCACUGGCGGAACCAGAGGCAUCGGAUAUGCUAUAGUAGAAGAACUAGCAGGAUUUGGAGCAAUAGUACACACAUGUUCACGUAAUCAAACAGAGCUCGAUGCCAGAAUUCAGGAAUGGAAGAGUAAGGGGCUAAGAGUAAGCGGCUCAGUUUGUGACAUGAAAAUUAGAGCUGAGCGGGAGAAGCUGAUGGAAACUGUCUCUUUGAUGUUUGAUGGCAAGCUCAAUAUCCUUGUGAACAACGCUGGAAUAGGAUUGUUUAAGGAAAUCAUAGAAUACACUGCCGAGGAUUUCUCGACUUUAAUGACAACCAAUUUCGAGUCUGCUUACCAUCUGUCUCAACUUGCGCACCCCCUCUUAAAAGCAUCGGAAAAUGGAAGCAUUGUAUUGAUCUCCUCUGUCGGAGGCGUAAUUGGUGUUCCCCUAUGUUCCAUCUAUGCAGCAACUAAAGGAGCAAUGAAUCAAGUUGCAAAGAACUUCGCAUGCGAGUGGGCAAAGGACAAUAUUCGUGUGAAUUCGGUGGCACCAGCGUACAUAAAUCUUAUGAUGCUUGUAUUAAUUGGUAAUUUUGUCUUUAACCAGGAAGAUUAUAGAGCCAAGGAAGUUGUAAAUCGAAUAAUAUCUCGUACUCCCAUCUCGCGUGCUGGAAAGCCUGAAGAGGUUUCAGCAGUGGUUGCAUUCCUAUGCUUACCAGCGGCUUCAUAUAUCACCGGCCAAGUUUAUUGCGUUGAUGGAGGAUACACUGUGAAUGGGUUCUAG